AUGGAAAUCAACAAAUUAAUUAACUUACAACGCUUGGUACUAGCGGAGAACAUCAUUGAGAGACUGCCAGUGAAUUUAGGCAAACUUCAGUCUUUGAAAAUGAUGAACCUGGACGGAAAUCGAAUUACUUCCUUACCUGAUGAAUUGGACCAGUUGGUAAGGCUUGAACGCCUAUCUGUCUCGAGGAAUUUACUAGAAUCCUUGCCACUAACAAUUGGAAGUUUGAGAAAUUUGGUGCUUUUAAACGUGUCAAAUAACAAGUUACAGUCUCUUCCAGAAUCUGUUGGCAGUUGCUUCUCUUUGGAAGAGUUACAAGCUAAUGAUAAUCUUAUUGAAGAACUUCCAUCUUCAGUGUGCAAUCUCUCUCAGUUGAAAUCACUUUGCUUGGAUAACAAUAAAAUGAAGCAGAUUUGUGAGGCACACCCAUUGAGCUGCAGUACACAGGUGCAAGAGUGCAGUAACAAGUGUAGACAGAGCAACAAACUAAUCAUGUGCACAGCAUUGACAAGAUGCACAGAAAGACCAGAAAGCCCAUGGCUGGGUGAAACCACUCGAGUCACCGGUUGA